AUGAGACUCGCAAUUCGUGUCGGUUCUGCCGCCGUGCUCAUCUUCUUCGCCCUGGUCCUCCUCAACAAACGCUAUCACUCCUCGCGCAGUCCCGCCUCCUUCUGGCAUUUUGACACCACAUCGUUCCGUUCCGCCUUGCGACCACACGCCCAGACAUCCACGACCGCUCGUCGCAAAUGGGGAAUUGGAACCGACCGCACCAAUGGCGUGACCUACCAAAACACCCCCAUCGAAGUCCCAAAUGAGGGUAUCAUUGUGAUGGGCAAGUUGCGCGAUGAGGAUACCGCCUGGGUGUCCGCCGAAUUGGCCGAAUGGCGCAACUUCAUCUACACCGUCGACGACGUCAACGCCCCCAUCCACACCCGCUCCAACAAGGGCCGCGAAGCCCAACCCUACCUCCAAUACCUCGUCGAGCACUACGAUGACCUCCCGCCAAUCAUGGUCUUCCUUCACCCACAUCGCGACGGCUGGCCCGCCGCCUGGCACACCGACACCAUGGAAUACAGCAACGUGGACUCGGUGCGGGCGCUACAGCGCGAAUGGGUGCAAUCCGAGGGAUACGUCAGUCUGCGCUGUCAAACUUCCCCCGGAUGUCCGGCCGAAAUGCAACCAUUCCGACAGCCCGCGAAGCCCGGCAACACAGGCGAGAAGCACUACGCCACCGCCUGGAAGGAAUUGUUCGGCAACAGCAACGUGCCCAAACAGAUCGGCGCCCCUUGCUGUUCGCAGUUCGCGGUCUCCCGCGAUCAGGUGUUGCAGCGUCCUCGCGGUGAUUAUAAGCGCAUGCUCGAUUGGGUGUUGAAUAAUGAUUUGCCUGAUGAGGUGACUUCCAACAUUAUGGAGUAUAGUUGGCAUAUUAUCUUUGGCAAGGAGCCUAUUUUCUGCCCUGACACAUUCGAGUGCUAUAAAAACGUCUAUGGCGAAGAAGUCAUCAUGGCCCCUUAG